GGUAGGGGUCAAAGUUGCAUUUUUUUAAAUCGUAUAUCUCUUAUCGCAGUACUGAGUGAUUUCAUUUGCCGUGACUAAUUUACCACUUAACCAGAAGUCUGCAUAAAAGAUAAACAGAAAAUCCACGCACGCAAUUCGUGGGUGUCACCUCUUUGGCAAUUCCAAUCUACAAAGGAGGCCUAUUUUACAUAGCCAGUUAGAAAAAAACCAACGUCAAUAUGUCGAUCUAUCCAAGCUUGGAAGAUAUGAAAUUCGAUCAAAUCGCAAGAGCCCAGGACCAGGUUUUCUCGCAAACGGCGACAGCACCACCAGUUUACGGUGCGCCUACGGUUCAGCCUGCCGUUGCGACGGGCGAUGCAAUGUAUCCGUCUCUCAACGAGUAUAUGGGCCUCGAGUUAUCUGAAGCUGUGAUCGCCGCCAACAUGCCCGAAUAUGGACAGGUGAUAAUGUAUCAGAGAGAGGUCGCUAUUCCUCAGAGUAAUUCGAAUGUCGUCGCCCCAUUGUCCGGACAGUCGCUAGGAUUACAAAGAGCACAAGUCUCUCACGGAAUUCGAGAGCUCAUCUUGUGCAAGGAUAAAGAUGGGAAGGUCGGCGUUCGCGUGAAACCGAUAAGCAACGGAGUAUUUGUGUGCCUAGUCAUAGAGAAGUCGCCGGCAGCGAUCGCCGGUUUACGAUUCGGCGAUCAGAUCUUGCAAAUUAACGGCGUGACCGUCGCGGGGUUUUCAAUGGAUAAGGUGCACGACAUGUUUCGUAAAAGUCCAAUUAACGGUAUUUCCGUCGUCGUUCGGGAUCGCCCGUUCGAAAGAACGCUGACACUUCACAAGGAUAGCACGGGCCACAUUGGUUUUAUGUUCAAAAACGGCAAGAUCUUCAGUAUUGUCAAGGAUUCGUCGGCAGCACGAAAUGGACUUUUAACCGAUCAUCAGCUGCUCGAAGUCGAGGGGCAGAAUGUUGUUGGUUUGAAGGAUAAGGAAAUUACGAAGUAUAUAGAUAAUGCUGGAAAUAUAGUUACCGUAACUGUCAUUCCAUCUUUCCUCUACGACCAUAUGAUCAAGAAAAUGAAUACUUCUAUCAUCAAGGAGUUAAUGGACCACUCUAUCCCUACAUUGUAAGUGUUGAAAAGAUAUCCUGUUACCUAUAUGGCAUAUGUGUUACUUUCUUAUUUUUUCUAUUCAACGUUAAUAAGUAUCUUUUCAAACAUUUAUAAAUACGAAAUAUACUCGCAUACUGGCAGAUUGAAAAGAGACGUGCUGCUACAAAUCUUGGGCACAAUGGGGAAUGUGGAGAAAUUGAUCGUCUUGCAUUUAUAGCAGUUGGUGCUGCUGUGACAUAUUUUAUUAC